UAUCCGAAACAUGAGUUUACACACACAUGUACUAGUUCUCCUAAUAUUAGGGAACUAAACAACAGUGUCCUUGCAAGUCUCGUGAAGAAGAAAUUAAUGAUGUCGCGGCGACUGGUGCCAAAUUUGGCCCAGCUUUGUGUGCGAUGUUCCCGCAGAAAUAUUCACACAACCUCCAUUCGUAAUGGGGGAGGGCAUCCUCGUGGGAUUCCCCUCGCAGACAGAACCUACAAGGUGACCGUUGGCAGACCGCCACCUGACAAUGUUGUGUGGAUCUGUGGAACUGUGUUAGCACUGGCUGGCUUUACUAGGCUCUCCUACUUCAUGAUGGCACAUUUUGAUCAUUGGACGGGUGGCCAUCAUAAACUCCCUGAUGCCUCCAAGUGGACAGAUGAAGAGCUGGGUAUUCCCCCUGACGAGGAGGGACUAUUAAAACCAGAAUCUAGUUAAUUAAUGUGUAUCUCGUUAUAAUUUUUGUACAUAAACUGCGGAGACGAUUGUAAUAUUGAAAGAAUUGGAAACUGCUUGGUGUUCUUAGAAAUGCUGAAAGUGGUGUAUCUUGUCAAAGGGAAAUCACUCCAUGUAAUAAAAAUGUUGAAAAUAUUAA